UAUUCUGUCUUUCACUCAUUCAAAUAUUGACUUGUUCCUCAUCGCCUUCUCUCUCACAUUCAUCUACAUAAUCUCCGCAUCAAAUUUAUUCUCUCCGCAUCAAAACUAUCAAUAUCUCGAAAACACUUAACUAAAAUGUUGAUGUUAGUGGACUGCUCUAACUGCCGCGCGCAGCUGCAGCUCCCGCCAGGCGCCAAGUCCAUACGUUGCGCACUCUGCCUCGCCGUUACUCGCAUCGCGCAGCCGCGCGAUGUCGUGGCUCCUCCACCUCCUCCGGCUUACUCCUCUUCCACAUCGAAUAAUAAUUAUUAUCAUCAUUAUCAGCCACCUCAGCAGCAACAGGCUCCGAUCAGUUACGUGCCGCCUGGUCAACCAGCAUCGGUGAAUGGACAGAAGAGAGCUGUGAUUUGCGGGAUUUCGUAUACUGGGAGCAGGAAUCAGCUGAAAGGAUGUGUUAAUGAUGCCAAUUGUAUGAAGUAUAUGCUCAUCAAUAAUUUCAAGUUUCCGGAGUCGUCUAUUAUUAUGCUCACAGAGGAAGAAAAGGAUCCAUUAAGGCGUCCAACGAAACACAAUAUUAGAAUGGCAAUGUAUUGGCUUGUGCAAGGUUGUCAGCCAGGAGAUUCCUUGGUGUUUCAUUUUUCUGGACAUGGUUCUCAACAAAGGAAUUACAACGGGGAUGAGAUUGAUGGAUAUGAUGAGACCAUUUGUCCCCUGGAUUUCGAAACACAGGGAAUGAUUAUUGAUGAUGAAAUAAAUGCUACCAUUGUCAAUCCUCUUCCCCGUGGGGUUAAGCUUCACUCAAUCAUAGAUGCUUGUCAUAGUGGAACUGUGCUAGAUUUACCUUAUCUUUGUAGAAUGGACAGGACAGGGAAGUAUGUAUGGGAGGAUCAUCGUCCUAAGUCAGGAGUAUGGAAAGGAACAAAUGGGGGAGAAGUCAUAUCCUUUAGUGGCUGUGAUGAUGAUCAAACUUCUGCUGAUACAUCUGCCCUAUCAAAGGUCACUUCCACAGGUGCAAUGACUUACUCUUUUAUCCAAGCAAUAGAACAUGGACAUGCAAAAACAUAUGGGGAUAUGCUAACUGCAAUGAGGUCAACUAUCCGGAAGACUGAUGGUGGUUUAGGGGGAGGUGGUACAGUUACAUCGCUUUUGUCCAUGCUUUUGACAGGAGGGAGUCUUGGUUCUGGCCUGAGACAGGAACCGCAACUAACUGCGAACGAAUCUUUUGAUGUCUACAAAAAGGUCUUCUCCAUAUAACAAAUAACACAUUAACUCUUCGGCUUAUGAUAACGUUGUGUUUGACAGUUGAACCUUACUCUUAAAGAUAUCUACAUCAGCCCUUCAAUGUGAGUCGCAUUGUUCUGCUGAGAUGAACCUGGUUAAGUUUUAGUGCAGUAAUUUCUUUUUUGUUGAUUUUUACCCCGGAAAGAUUGCUAAGGUCAAUGUAGAACACCACAACGGAUGCUAAGGUCUGUGUAGAACACCACAAAUCUACAUGUAAAACUUGAUAACUUGGGAGGAGGGAAAUAUAUUGAGUUAAAUGAUACUUUUGACUGGACAUUCAUAAAGUUCAAGCUAUUCAACCACUCAACCAGCAUUUUGUGUGA